AUGGCUCAACGACCUGGGCCGCAGAGCGAGGAUGCGCGGAAAACCUCGUCCUCCCCAGCUGAGCCGCUGCUGCCGGAGUUCUCAGACCCUUCGUUCGACCCCGUCGACUUCCUCAACGACACUCUUCCGCCGCUGAGCACUUCGCAAUCGCGCUCAGCGGGCGGCAGUUCGAUCGCGGACCUCUCUGCUCGGACCCAAUCGCUGCUCUCCCAGCUCACCGCACAAAACGCCCGGCUAUCAAACACGCUGAACCAGCUUACAGAUGAGAUAAUACGAAGCAGCGGGCGGCUGGCGUAUGAGGUUGAGGUCCUGCGUGGAGAGACAAUCGGCCUUUCAGACACCCUUACAGAUACGUUACAGGAUGAUAUUCGCAGCUUCCUACCCCGGGGCCUGCCUGAGCCCGACGCCACCGCCCUGGAGGAGGAUGUACACCGGGAGGGACAACAGGAAAAAGAGCCAGGCACCAAGACGCAGCCGGAGAUCACACAAGAAGAUCCAGAGUAUAUAUCACGUCUGCGGACUUUGAUGCAGGUCAGAACGCGACUGGAGGAGGUCAUACAGGUAUUUGGACAUGCAAUGGAAUGGCCGUUGCCUCCCUCAGAGGUAUCGAUUACCUCCUCCUUCAUAUCUGUCUCAGCUCCAGAAGCUGGCCCUGAAUCACGGAGCCUGGAAGAAAAGGGGCGCGAGGUUGCUAAGAAAUUCAGAUCACAGAUCACCGGGCUGCUGGACAGCAACGGUGGAGGAGAAGCCGGUUUGGAAGCAGCAGCUCGUCGAGUUGAGGAAUUACGGCUCCUCGCGGGCGUAUGGAAGGGCACGGUAGAAGAGAAACCGAGACUCAAGUUUGUCGACAGCCUUGCAAAGAUUGUUGAAGACAGGCGGAAGGUCCUUGAAAACCACGCUAGGGAAAGAGAGGAAAAGGAGAACCGAAAGGCUGGUGGGACUGCCUCCAAGGGCAGAACUUCUGAACUUCCUUCUCGCGAAAAACCGGAGAGUACUGGUAGUGGGCUAAUGCGCAAUUUACAACGUCUGAGAGAUGAGAUAUACCUUGAAUAG